AUGCUAAGUGUGGCUUCAUUGGGUUAUAUACGAGCGAAGGUGCCGAGACUGCACCCUACCGACUCUACAGUGCGAAUAUCCGGUAGUGGCUGUGACAAAUGCUACUAUCUUCCCACCCAAACAUCCAAGAAGCUCAUCGUCGGGCAGCAAUACUUUAUCCAAGUGUAUGCGUACAAUUUUAAUGGUAAAGGCAGCACGCCUGUGUCUGCCAUUGCUACACCAAGAAAAGUGCCCGACGCACCUUCAAACGUGGAUCUCGUGGUCGUGUCUGGCAAAGAAAUCGAAGUCUUCUUCUCUCCUCCGAAAUUAGGAGAGAACACGAGUCCAGACUUCAACAAGGACAUCUCGUCUUACAUUGUCCAAUGGGACGUUGAUCUAGCCUUUAAGCACGGGCUCCCAGUCUGUGCUGGAUGUGCCAGAGCGUUGACUGGGAUCUUCCUAACUGUCACGACGCCACUCGCGGAUUUUUUACCGGAAAAGUCCAAAUUUACGGUCAAAGAACUGGGCUGUACCAUGGAAGUCGUGAGGGUUGUGAGCGCCACAGUGGUGCAAGUUGUUGGCGGACAUAGCUGCGAGAACUUUAACACGCGCUCGUACUCCCUAACGCACUAUACUUAUCCCCCAGCAACCGUAUCUGGAGCUCUAAUUCGAGGGUCUCCGCCGUAUCGGUAUUUGAUCUAUAACCUCAUCAUCGGCACGAAAUACUCUGUGCGAGUCGCAGCUGUGAACUCGGUUCCUGUCCAACAAAUUGCGCUAAAUGGAGAGCCUCCUGACAAUCGGCAAUGGAGUUCACCUCUGUCGGUAACGACAAAAGAUAGAGCACCCGACGCACCCUUAUCGGUCGCACUGUAUCCGUAUUCCGGAACUAUACUCCAGUUACAGAUUCAGCCCUCAACACGCGAUGGUAAAGGGACUGGAGGCUUAGCGAUUACAGCCUUUUGGAUCGACAUUGACACCGUUUCCAUGUUUGACUCGGUUACGAAGAGUAACCCCAUCGAGGCUCUAAACACGACUGUGUCGCUCCCAGAGCUCUAUUCUGGCGGACCCCGUAUUUAUUACCUAACGGGGCUUACGACGGGGACACGCUAUUUCGUUCAGGUUAAGGCCCGGAACUCUAUCGGCUACAGUCGAGCCACCCUCACGCCGGCUCCUGUGGCCCCCACUCGUCAUUCCGAUGGACCGAUUAACGUCAAGGUCUCUACUCUAAUUGCAUCUUCGACUCCGAUCGACUCGGCGACUGUAACGUGGCAGAAACCAGUUUUUAACGGCGGAAUUGGGCUCACAAGUUACAAAAUCGAGUGGUGGCGUGCUCAGCCGCGACCCGAAGUGCAAGUGGUGGAGCUGAAAUGGGUCCAUUCGCCUACUUCUGCGCCUUUUGCUCUCUCGUUUCGAGGCGGGAAGUCGGAGUACAUGGAUAAAGACGUGUCCGCUGAGAAUUUACGGAGUGCUCUAAUGAAUAUCGCGGUGGGAGCGUCGCUAGUUAUGGGACACGUGGAGGUCUCACGCUCUACGAUCAGCAGCAAUCUCGGGUACCAGUGGACGGUGACGUUCGCUAGCGAUGCGAACGCUGGCGACCAACCUUUACUGCAAUUAGAGAUUGGGAAUGUGGUGGGGAGUGCGGACGUUACGGGGCGAGUAGUUGAGCUGACUUCGGGCAUCGCCGUCCCUGUAUUGACGACGCUUCCAGGGAAACCAGAGGUGCAAGUUCUGGCGACGUACCACGCCACAACAGCCGUGACAGGAUACUUUCGACUCGGCUAUAAGGGCUCUGCGUGGACGAAUUAUCUCCCAGCAAGUAUCAGUGCCAACAACUUGAAACUCGCGCUCGAGAACCUCCCGACUAUCGGCGUGGUGGAUGUAAAUCUCGAGUCGAUGGCAGCUGCAGGUCACGUUUUCGCGCUCGGCCAAGUGUGGACGAUCACGUUUAUUUCUAACGUGGGGAAUAUACCUCCUCUUACCGUCGAGCCGUCGAAACUCACGCCAUUUGACGCAUUCCUGGGCGUCAAAGACGGUGACAACGCGGUCGAUAGCAGUGGGGUGCUGUGCCUACCAGGUAGCGACAUUUCGUGUCCUGGAUCGUGGCCGCUUGCCCUUGGAGCGUUGAGACAACAGGCUGCGCCUCUGAAAUCCAUCGUGGACCUCGCUACACCUGGCGAAGCAGCAGUCGAGUACGCGUUCUACGAAACUUUAAAUGCAGCGACAAUAACCUACUCUGUCCCAAACUUGGUACCAGGUCAAACGUACUUUGUCGCUGUGACGGCCAAGAACCCGCUGGGACUGGGUCUUCGCUCUCCGACGUCUCCAUCGAGUGUCAUCCCUCCACUUCAAGUACCUGGUCCACCCACAAGUGUCUCGGUGGAUGUAAACCCUGGCGUAGCGACUCAACUCGUGGCAACUUGGAAUGCACCCAUCAGUGACGGAGGUAGCGCAGUGAGAAUGUAUCGCAUCGAGUUCGAUUCGUCCCCGUUGUUCACGAACCGAGGCCAGCAAGACGCGUGGUGUCCAGUUGCACCCACGUAUGCAGUCUGGAGACUGCAACUAACACGGCUAAACGCCGUGACUGUAUCAGAUCCUAUUCCGUGGAAUGCUGUCGCCACCGCUCAAGAAGAAUCCAACUUGUACCAGUAUGGCUAA